GAGAAGCCAACCCCCUGCCUCGCGGGCGUCGAGCCUGCAGCAGGAGGGAGCCCUGGGGCUGCACGGGCUUGGCUCGGGGAGGCAGACCCGAGCUGCUGCCUCCAUUUUGUUUCCUGCUCAGCUUGGUCUGUGGUGGUGGUGGUGUGGGUUUGGGGUGCGGCCGGGCCGGGGUUCACCUGUGGCCGCGCCUGCUCGGGGUCUGAGGCCUCGAAGACCCCAGCCCAAGCCCCCAGGUUGAUGCCAGCCCAGGAUGGAUCAGACUUGUGAACUACCUAGAAGAAAUUGUCUGCUGCCCCUUUGCAACCCAGUGAACUUAGAUGCCCCUGAAGACAAGGACAGCCCUUUCGGUAAUGGUCAAUCCAAUUUUUCUGAGCCACUUAAUGGGUGUACUAUGCAGUUGUCGACUGCCAGUGGAACAUCCCCAAGUGCUUAUGGACAAGAUUCUCCAUCUUGUUACAUUCCACUGCGGAGACUACAGGAUUUGGCCUCCAUGAUCAAUGUAGAGUAUUUAAAUGGGUCUGCAGAUGGUUCAGAAUCCUUUCAAGACCCUGAAAAAAGUGAUUCAAGAGCUCAGUCGCCAGUGGUUUGCGCUUCCUUGAGGCCUGGUGGUCCAACAGCACUUGCUAUGAAACAGGAGCCCUGUUGUAAUAACUCCCCUGAACUCCAGGUAAAAGUUACAAAGACUAUCAAGAAUGGCUUGGUGCACUUUGAGAAUUGUACUUGUGUGGACGAUGCAGAUGUAGAAUCUGAAAUGGACCCAGAACAGCCAGUCACAGAGGAUGAGUGUAUAGAGGAGAUCUUUGAGGAAACUCAGACCAAUGCCACCUGCAAUUAUGAGCCUAAAUCAGAGAAUGGUGCAAAAGUGGCCAUGGGAAGUGAACAAGACAGCACACCAGAGAGUAGACACGGUGCAGUCAAAUCGCCAUUCUUGCUAUUAGCUCCUCAGACCGAAACACAGAACAAUAAGCAAAGAAGUGAAGUGGACGGCAGCAAUGAAAAAGCAGCCCUUCUCCCAACCCCUUUUUCACUAGGAGAUGCAAACGGUACCCUAGAAGAGCAAUUAAACUCGAUAAAUUUAUCUUUUCAGGAUGAUCCAGACUCCAGUACCAGUACAUUAGGAAACAUGCUAGAGUUACCUGGAACUUCAUCAUCAUCUACUUCACAGGAAUUGCCAUUUUGUCAACCCAAGAAAAAGUCGACACCACUGAAGUAUGAAGUUGGAGAUCUCAUCUGGGCAAAGUUCAAGAGACGCCCAUGGUGGCCCUGCAAGAUUUGUUCUGAUCCAUUGAUUAACACACACUCAAAAAUGAAAGUUUCCAACCGGAGGCCCUAUCGGCAAUACUAUGUUGAGGCUUUUGGAGACCCUUCUGAAAGAGCCUGGGUAGCUGGAAAAGCAAUCGUCAUGUUUGAAGGCAGACAUCAGUUUGAAGAGCUACCUGUCCUUAGGAGAAGAGGGAAGCAGAAAGAAAAAGGAUAUAGGCAUAAGGUUCCUCAGAAAAUUUUGAGUAAAUGGGAAGCCAGUGUUGGUCUUGCUGAACAGUAUGAUGUUCCCAAAGGAUCAAAGAAUCGCAACUGUGUCAGUACUUCCAUCAAGUUGGACAGUGAGGAGGACAUGCCAUUUGAGGACUGUACAAAUGAUCCUGAUUCAGAACACGACCUAUUACUUAAUGGCUGCUUGAAAUCUCUGGCUUUUGAUUCUGAACAUUCUGCAGACGAGAAGGAAAAGUCUUGUGCUAAAUCUCGAGCCAGAAAGAACUGUGAUAAUCCAAAAAGGACUAGUGUGAAAAAGGGCCACAUGCAGUUUGAAGCACAUAAGGAAGAACGGAGGGGAAAGAUUUCUGAGAACCUUGGCCUAAACUUUAUCUCUGGGGAUGUGUCUGAUAAACAGGCAUCUAAUGAACUUUCCAGGAUAGCAAACAGCCUCACAGGGUCCAAUACUGCCCCAGGAAGUUUCCUAUUUUCUUCUUGUGGACAAAACACUGCAAAGAAAGAAUUUGAGACUUCAAAUUGUGACUCUUUAUUGGGCUUGUCUGAGGGUACCUUGAUUUCUAAAUGUUCUGGAGAGAAAAAGAAGCCCCAGCGAGGUCUGGUGUGUAGUUCAAAAGUGCAGCUUUGCUAUAUUGGAACAGGUGAUGAGGAAAAGCGAAGUGAUUCCAUUAGUAUCUGCACCACUUCUGAUGAUGGAAGCAGUGAUCUAGAUCCUGUAGAACACAGCUCAGAAUCAGAUAACAGUAUCCUUGAAAUUACAGAUACUUUUGAUAGAACAGAGAACAUAUUAUCCAUGCAGAAAAAUGAAAAGAUAAAGUAUUCUAGGUAUCCUGCCACAAACUCCAGAGUAAAACCAAAACAGAAAUCCCUCAUUACUAACUCACAUACAGACCACUUAAUGAAUUGUACUAAGACAACAGAGCUGGGAACUGAGAUGUCUCAGGUUAAUCUCUCUGACCUUACGGUGUCCACUCUUGUCCACAAACCCCAAUCAGAUUUUAAAAAUGAUAGUCUUGCUCCCAAAUUCAACACACCAUCAGCCAUUUCCAGUGAGAACUCAUUAGUAACGGGUGGGGCUACAAAUCAGACUCUGUUACAUUCGAAAAGCAAACCACCCAAGUUCCGAAGUAUAAAGUGCAAGCAUAAAGAAAAUCCACUUAUUGUAGAACCAUCAGUUCCAAAUGAGGACUGCAGUUUGAAAUGCUGCUCUUCAGAUACUAAAGGCUCUCCUUUGGCCAGCAUUUCAAAAAGUGGGAAAAUGGACGGGCUGAAACUACUGAGCAACAUGCAUGAGAAAACCAGAGAUUCAAGUGACAUAGAAACAGCCGUGGUGAAGCAUGUUCUGUCAGAGCUGAAGGAACUCUCUUACAGAUCCUUAAGUGAGGAUGUCAGUGACUCUGGUACGUCAAAGCCAUCAAAACCGUUACUUUUUUCUUCUGCUUCUAAUCAGAAUCAUAUACCUAUUGAGCCAGACUACAAAUUCAGUACAUUGCUAAUGAUGUUAAAAGACAUGCAUGAUAGUAAGACAAAGGAGCAGCGAUUGAUGACUGCUCAAAACUUGAUCUCUUAUCGGAGUCCUAGUCGGGGGGAUUGUUCUACCAGUAGUCCUGUAGGGGCUUCCAAGAUUUUGGUUUCGGGAAGCUUCACCCAUAAUUCAGAAAAAAGUGGAGAUGUCACUCAGGACUCAGCCCGUCCUAGCCCUAGCGGGGGUGACUCUGCACCGUCUGUGGAGUUGUCUGCCUCUUUACCUGGGUUAGUGUCUGACAAGAGAGACCUCUCUGUUUCUGUUAAAAGUCGUUCAAACUGUGUGACUAGGCGCAACUGCGGGCGAUCUAAGCCAUCCAAAUUGCGUGAUGCUUUUUCAACCCAGAUGGGAAAGAACACCGUGAACCGCAAGGCCUUAAAGACAGAGCGCAAGAGAAAACCGAGCCAGCUUCCUGCUGUGACUCUAGAGGUUCCACUGCAGGGAGACAAAGAGAGUGGAAGCUCAGUGAGUGGCUCAUCAAGAGAUGGGGCAGAAGAUUCUGGUAAAGAAUCCAGUCAACAAACGGGCCAUUUAACGAGUGAAGAUGCUAUCCAAUUUUCUGAUGUUCAUUUUGAUAACAAGGUUAAGCAGUCUGACCCUGAUAAAAUUCCCGAAAAAGAACCUACUUUUGAAAACAGGAAAGAUCCUGAAUUGAACUCUGAAAUGAACAGUGAGAAUGAUGAACCCAAUGGUGUAAAUCAAGUGGUGCCUAAAAAGCGCUGGCAGCGUUUAAACCAAAGGCGCACUAAACCUCGUAAGCGCACUAACAGAUCUAGGGAGAAAGAAAACUCUGAGGAUGCCUUUGGAGUCUUGCUUCCUGGUGACCCUGUGCAGAAGGGGCGGGAUGAGUUCCCAGAGCAUAGAACUCCUCCUCCUACAAACAUAGUAGAGGACUCAGUGACAGAUCCAAAUCAUGCUGGCUGCUUAGAUUCAGUUGGGCCACAGUUGAAUGUUUGUGAUAAAUCUGCCGCCAGCAAUGAGGACAUGGAAAAGGAACCAGGAAUCCCCAGUUUGACACCACAAGCUGAGCUUCCCGAACCAGUUGUGCGGUCAGAGAAGAAACGCCUUAGGAAGCCAAGCAAGUGGCUUCUGGAAUAUACAGAAGAAUAUGAUCAGAUAUUUGCUCCUAAGAAGAAACAAAAGAAAGUACAGGAGCAGGUGCACAAGGUAAGUUCCCGCUGUGAAGAGGAAGGCCUUCUAGCCCGAUGUCAAUCUAGUGCCCAGAACAAGCAGGUGGACGAGAAUUCUUUGAUUUCAACCAAAGAAGAGCCUCCAGUUCUUGAAAGGGAGGCUCCAUUUUUGGAGGGGCCCUUGGCCCAGUCAGAACUUGGAGGUGGAAAUGCUGAGUUGCCACAGCUUACCUUGUCUGUGCCUGUGGCUCCGGAAGUCUCUCCACGACCUGCCCUUGAGUCUGAGGAAUUGCUUGUUAAAACACCAGGAAAUUAUGAAAGUAAGCGUCAACGAAAGCCAACGAAGAAGCUUCUUGAAUCCAAUGAUUUAGACCCUGGAUUUAUGCCCAAGAAGGGUGACCUUGGCCUUACUAAAAAGUGUUAUGAAGCUGGUUGCUUGGAGAAUGGGAUUACUGAAUCAUGUGCUGUAUCUCGUUCAAAAGAGUUUGGCGGAGGCACUACCAAGAUUUUUGAUAAACCAAGGAAACGAAAAAGACAGAGGCAUGUUGCAGCUAAGGUGCAGUGUAAAAAAGUGAAAAAUGACGACUCAUCAAAAGGGAUGCCAGGGUCAGAGGGAGAACUCAUGGCUCACAGGACGACUGCAAGUCCUAAGGAGGCUGUUGAGGAGGGCGUAGAACACGACCCUGGGAUGCCCGCGUCUAAAAAAAUGCAGGGUGAACGAGGUGGCGGAGCUGCACUCAAGGAGAAUGUUUGUCAGAACUGUGAGAAACUGGGUGAGCUGCUCUUGUGUGAGGCUCAGUGCUGUGGGGCUUUCCACCUGGAGUGCCUUGGGUUGACUGAGAUGCCCAGAGGAAAAUUCAUCUGCAAUGAAUGUCGAACAGGAAUCCAUACCUGUUUUGUAUGUAAACAGAGUGGGGAAGAUGUUAAAAGGUGCCUUCUGCCCUUAUGUGGAAAGUUCUACCAUGAAGAGUGUGUGCAGAAGUACCCACCAACAGUCAUGCAGAACAAGGGCUUCCGGUGCUCCCUCCACAUCUGUAUAACCUGCCAUGCUGCUAAUCCAGCCAGUGUUUCUGCGUCUAAAGGACGUCUGAUGCGCUGUGUCCGCUGUCCGGUGGCAUACCAUGCCAAUGACUUCUGCCUGGCUGCCGGGUCAAAGAUCCUUGCAUCUAAUAGUAUCAUCUGUCCUAAUCACUUUACCCCUAGACGGGGCUGUCGAAACCAUGAGCAUGUGAAUGUUAGCUGGUGUUUCGUGUGCUCAGAAGGCGGCAGCCUUUUGUGUUGUGAUUCUUGCCCUGCUGCUUUUCAUCGUGAAUGCCUGAACAUUGAUAUCCCUGAAGGAAACUGGUACUGCAAUGACUGCAAGGCAGGAAAAAAGCCACACUACAGGGAGAUUGUUUGGGUAAAAGUUGGACGAUAUAGGUGGUGGCCAGCAGAGAUCUGCCAUCCUCGAGCGGUUCCUUCCAACAUUGAUAAGAUGAGACACGAUGUGGGCGAGUUCCCUGUCCUCUUCUUUGGGUCUAAUGACUAUCUGUGGACCCAUCAGGCCCGAGUCUUCCCAUACAUGGAAGGGGACGUGAGCAGCAAGGACAAGAUGGGCAAAGGCGUGGAUGGGACUUAUAAAAAAGCUCUUCAAGAAGCUGCAGCAAGAUUUGAGGAAUUAAAGGCCCAGAAGGAGCUAAGACAACUGCAAGAAGACCGAAAGAAUGACAAGAAACCACCACCUUAUAAACAUAUAAAGGUGAACCGUCCUAUAGGCAGGGUACAGAUCUUCACUGCAGACUUAUCUGAAAUUCCCCGUUGCAACUGUAAAGCUACAGACGAGAACCCUUGUGGCAUAGACUCUGAGUGCAUCAACCGCAUGCUGCUGUAUGAGUGCCACCCCACAGUGUGUCCUGCUGGCGGGCGCUGCCAAAACCAGUGCUUCACCAAGCGCCAGUAUCCAGAGGUUGAAAUUUUCCGCACCUUACAGAGGGGUUGGGGUCUGCGGACAAAAACAGAUAUUAAGAAGGGUGAAUUUGUGAAUGAAUAUGUAGGUGAGCUAAUAGACGAAGAAGAAUGCAGAGCUCGAAUCCGUUAUGCCCAGGAACAUGAUAUCACCAAUUUCUAUAUGCUAACACUAGACAAAGACCGAAUCAUUGAUGCUGGUCCCAAAGGAAAUUAUGCUCGGUUCAUGAAUCAUUGCUGUCAGCCCAACUGUGAAACCCAGAAGUGGUCUGUGAAUGGAGAUACCCGCGUUGGCCUUUUUGCCCUGAGUGACAUUAAAGCAGGCACUGAGCUUACCUUCAACUAUAACCUAGAAUGUCUUGGGAAUGGAAAAACUGUCUGCAAAUGUGGAGCCCCAAACUGCAGUGGCUUCCUGGGUGUAAGGCCAAAGAAUCAACCCAUUGCCACAGAAGAAAAAUCAAAGAAGUUCAAGAAGAAGCAGCCGGGAAAGCGCAGGAGCCAGGGCGAGAUCACAAAGGAGCGAGAAGAUGAGUGUUUCAGCUGUGGGGACGCCGGCCAGCUCGUCUCCUGCAAGAAGCCGGGCUGCCCGAAAGUUUACCACGCAGACUGUCUGAAUCUGACCAAGCGGCCAGCAGGGAAGUGGGAGUGUCCGUGGCAUCAGUGUGAUGUGUGUGGGAAGGAAGCAGCCUCCUUCUGUGAGAUGUGCCCCAGUUCCUUCUGCAAGCAGCAUCGGGAAGGCAUGCUGUUCAUCUCCAAACUGGAUGGGCGUCUAUCUUGUACUGAGCACGACCCCUGUGGGCCCAACCCUCUGGAACCCGGGGAGAUCCGUGAGUAUGUGCCUCCCCCGGUACCAUUGCCUCCAGGGCCGGGCGCUCACCUGGCAGAACAGUCAUCAGGAACAGCUGCUCAGGGGCCCAAGAUGUCAGAUAAGCCACCUGCCGACACCAACCAGACGCUGCCACUCUCCAAGAAAGCUCUGGCAGGGACUUGUCAGAGGCCAUUGCUGCCUGAAAGACCUCUUGAAAGAACUGACUCCAGGCCCCAGCUUUUAGAUAGGGUCAGAGACCUUGCUGGGUCAGGGACCAAAUCCCAACCCUUGGCAUCCAGCCAGAGGCCACUGGACAGGUCACCUCCAGUGGCAGGACCAAGACCCCAGCUAUCUGACAAGCCCUCUCCAGUGACUGGCCCUGGCUCCUCACCCUCAGUCAGGCCCCAACCACUGGAAAGACCUCUGGGGACAACUGACCCACGGCUGGAUAAAUCUAUAGGUGCUGUCAGCCCACGGCCCCAGUCACUGGAGAAAACCCCAGUUCCCACUGGCUUACGACUUCUGCCGCCAGACAGACUGCUAGUUACCAGCAGUCCCAAACCUCAGACUUCAGAGCGGCCCCCAGACAAAUCCCAUGCCCCUUUGUCCCAGAGACUCCCACCUCCUGAGAAAGUACUAUCAGCUGUGGUCCAGACCUUGGUAGCUAAAGAAAAAGCACUGAGGCCUGUGGACCAGAAUACUCAGUCAAAAAAUAGAGCUGCUUUGGUGAUGGAUCUCAUAGACCUAACCCCUCGCCAGAAGGAGCGGGCAGCAUCUCCUCAUGAGGUCACACCACAGGCUGAUGAGAAGGUGCCGGUGUUGGAAUCGAGCUCAUGGGCAGCCAGCAAAGGCCUGGGGCAUAUGCCACGAGUGGUUGAGAAAGGCAGCAUGUCAGAACCUCUUCUCCAGCCACCUGGAAAGACCGCAGCCCCUGCAGAGCACCCCUGGCAAGCUGUUAAAUCACUCACCCAGGCCAGACUUCUUUCUCAGCCGCCUGCCAAGGCUUUUUUAUAUGAGCCAGCAACUCAGGCCUCAGGAAGAGCUCCUGCAGGGGCUGAGCAGACCCCAGGACCUCCCAGCCAAGCACCAGGCCUGGUGAAGCAGGUGAAGCAGAUGGCCGGAAGCCAGCAACUACCUGGACUUGCUGCCAAAACUGGGCAGUCCUUCAGGUCUCUUGUGAAGACCCCAGCCUCCCUCUCUACUGAAGAGAAGAAGUUGGCAACUCCAGAGCAGAGUUCCUGGGCCUUGGGGAAAACCUCAGCAGGGGCAGGGCUGUGGCCCAUGGUGGCUGGACAGACACUGAUGCAGUCCUGCUGGCCUGCGGGGAGCACACAGACAUUGGCACAGACUUGCUGGUCUCUUGGAAGAGGGCAAGACCCCAAACCAGAGCAAAAUACACUUCCAGCUCUAAACCAAGCCCCUUCCAAUCACAAAUGUGCAGAGUCAGAACAGAAGUAAUACCAGUCAAUGUCACAUAACCAGACAAGCUGCCCCCCAGGGUACCAUUUGGGGAGAGGAAUCUUUUCAUUCUUUAUUCCCCUUAAAAAUCAGACCUACCCUCACACUUUUCCACUGAUACUGUUUCCUUCCAAACCAACACUCAGAACUCUUGUGGCAUUAGCCAGUGGGGGCUUACAGUUGUGUCAGCCUUGUAUGGAAAUCCAAGUGGGCCCCAGCCAAGGAACAGACAGACUUGAGUCUCUUUCCUCCAUCUUCUACAUGGUCAACUUAAAAUAAAAAGUCCACUCUGGAGUCAAACAUGGAAUUCAAUUCCGCUGGUCAGGAUGGAAGGUCUAGGGGCUCUCAGAGCGAUCUCCCUCGCCUGACAGAUCCCUACUGAGGGCACCUGAUGGACCCUUGGGCAGAACUGAUGUUCUUCAAUUCAGUGCAGAUUUCCUGUGCAUUGAUGUGUGCCAGGCCAGGUGCUAGUCACUGGCCCAAGAUGCAGAAAUAAAUGAGGCCUGAUCCCUGUCAGCCUAAGAUGCCUUCCUGGGAACCCAGGCUGUUUUCAGGAACCUUUUACCAGGAAAUAACAGGAAGUUCUGCGGGGGCCCUAGAGCUCCAACCUCAUUUUGCAAUGUCCUCUGUGGCACCACAAGUGGUUGUGUUGAGUAAGUGUCUCCUGUUUGGGUUGUGCGUGGAGCAUGGGCCUGCACACCCAUGCAGAGGUCUGCCAGCAGACAGAGGAGUGCUGUGUCAAGGCCAGGUGGGGCUGUUGAUUGGGGCAGCCUCUGCUGCCUCUGGGCUGCGUAGUGUCUGAAGAUCUGUCCUUGGAGGAGCAGCUGGUUAGGGGGAGCUGAGCUCUAUGAAAAUAUAGCUUUUCCAGCAUUGGAAGAAGGCAAUUGGCAAGUUUACCUUUCUUUUCUACCAAUUUUCCUCCUUUUACAUGAACCCAUGCCCACCCCCCCAUCCCCAUCCCCAAACACUCAGGUGCUUUCAGAUUUCAGCCUCGGGCAGUGGACAUAGGGAAUUUCUGGCAAGCUCUGAGCUAGAUACACCAGCUUCAGGAAGAAUGCCAGAUGCUGAUGGAAAGUUACUCUGCUCUCUUGAUCCUUUGCCCUCCCAACUGAAUGGAGGAAGUUCUCUUCACCUCCCUGAGAACUGCUUUGUUCUCCAUUGACAGCACCUGUCUGCUGACUUAGCUCAGAGGCAAGCCAGAACCCUUCCCUUGAGACCAGUGAGGCGAGGUAUUUAGAGCAAUGUCCUGUCUAAGAGAUGACUCCUCAUAACUGCUGAUUAUCUGUUACUGCUGCCCUGAGCUGGGGCCCAAGGGCUGGGAAAUCUGUUGGUGCUACCUUGCCCUAGCAUUCGCCCGGCUCACCGACUGCCAACAGGAAGUUCUGUUUGGCUAGUCCCCUCACUUGCCCCCGUGCCCUUGUUCCUAGACCAAUGUGUUUACCUUUUUGCUUUGCCAACGUAGCCAGCAGCUUUAGCCAAUAGGCCGUCUUUUGGCCCAGCAUCUCCUGGCCAUGGCGUCUCCCCUCUGGUUUUUAUACCCUCAACAGGAUUCUGUAUUUUGUCCUGAUUUCCUUCUCCCACGUUCCUACCGCGGUUACUCCAUCACUUCCAAGGAGGGAACAGCAGUUGUUAGAGAAGCAUUUGCGCUUUAUAGAGAGAAUAAAAAUAGAAUCUGCUUUUAUUUCCCAAAGUCUGUCUCUAGGGUUGAGACACUUGAACUCAGGCAGAGGGACGAGGCUGGGCAGGGCUGUCCCAAGUUUAGGGACCUCUCCCUGCAUUUCACUGAGACCUCGGAAUCUCCUCUGUGAAUUCCACCUGCCUAGUUCUCCCCUUUCAUGCUAACUCUUCCUAAUCACCAGGGAGGAAAAGCUCUUUGUUCAAAAGGAAGAGAAAACAUAAAGCAUCUUAUUUUCUUUUAAAAGAAUUUUAAACCAUGAAAAAGAUAUUUUUAAAGAAAAUUCAUCCAGAACAUGAAAGUUGACUAUAUUAAGUAUUUAUCAUGUGUGAGAAUACGUAUAUAACUGCAGCUAGUAGGUCCCUUUCCCUGAUCUCUUAGGUUGUAUGAGUAGGGUUUGCUUGGUGCCAGUCCUGUGCCCUUUUCUCUCCUGUCAUCUGUAGUUGUGAUCAGAAGAUGCCCACACUGCACUGUCGGCAUCUUUUCACUGUGUUGUGUGCUAAAUUACCGUAGCUCUUUGUUCCAUGAAAUAAACUGUGAAUCGGGGGGGUGGGGCGUGCAGGCUAUGUAAAAAUGUAAGUGGAGAAGUUUCAUCCUGAACUAGCUUCACUGAAGUAGGCUUUGGUAGGUAAUUGGCUAGACGGCCAUCUAGACAGUGUCUCACAAGACAGGAAGGACUGAGGGAAAGGGGGCCGUGAUUAGCCACUCUCCAUUCUCCACCAUUCACUAGAGGCUGCUUUCCAGACCUGCCUCGGAAAACAGCUUGUGAGCCGUACCUGGUUCUGGGGGUCAGUUCUUCACCUGAAUGGAUGGACAUCAGGCUUCCAUCAGGGCCACUGAAAGACUCUCAGGUUGUGGAUUGGAAGCUGGACAUUGGAGCUUUUAGGUCCACUGACAGCGGCAUCUGAUUUUAGAUUGUUAAAAUCAUGAAAGCAGUCACUAUCCAACUAUAGAAGUAGAAUCAGAACUAUUGGAAAUGAGACUCUUAAGUGAAGGUGGGGAGGGAGUGACUUCGCCAGCCCUUUUAGACUUCCUCAAGCCUAUAAGGAGACCCUUUUCCCUAAGAGGGUGCAACUAGGCAGCUAAAGGAAACCUUUUAUCAUUGUGCAGGAUUGGUACUGUGGUAUUUGGAUCUCAAGAUAGCCUGCUUUCGACCCGGCUCCCUUGGAGGGCUUUUUGAGGGGCAAGCUUGUAAAGUCAGAAGAAAUUAUGGAAACGUUUGAAGUUUGCAUUCAAAGCCUUAUUUGUUUCUCCUGGUGGAGCCAACCCAUUCUAAUAGCAAAACAGCUAUCACCGCUCCAAAGUGUCCACGUUUUUAAAAAAACGUCUGCUUUCUCCUGAAGUCCCUGAGUUUGAUGAUGUAAAUCACUGUGCUGAUCCACACCUUUAGCAUUGAUUUAAAAAAAAAAAAAAAAAAUACAACUUCUAUUCUUUGAAUCCCCCACGCACUACAGUCAGGACAUGAACUCACAGUCCUGUCCCGGGCUCAGCACCACCUGCUCGCUGGAGCUGCCCCCCCCAGGCUGCCUCAUGAGAGCAGAACGGCAGGAAGGAGGUCCAGUCCUGGCACUGUCCCCGUGGAGAGGGAUCAGGAAAGCACUGAACUUGCUCCUAUAAAGUGGGUUUUCUCCUAAGGCUUUGUUUUGGAAUAGUGUCACCCUCUUGGGGCUUAUCGGCCAGGUCUGAGGGGCCCAGUGUCCUGUGCUCUGUGGAUCAUGGCAAGAAAGGAAUUGCCUCAAGCCCCCUUCCCCUGCUGAGUAACCUCCGAGCUGUUCCAUGUUAGACAUUCCAGAUCAUUUAAAGCUAGGUGGCUGCAAGAGGCUUUGAUUGGCUGUGGCCAGUUAGCUCUCAGCUGAGCUUCCUAGGGCCAGGGCAGCAGGGCCAGAGGUUGCUGUAGCUAAAUUGAAAUAAGAGUAGAUAAUUGCUUUGUAUACAAAAAAAAAAAAAGUAAUGAUGGUGCUAAUUUCAUGGUAUAAAUAAGCACUGCCAUGGAUUGAGGGACUGGUGACUUGAGAAACCCAGGUUCCUACUUGGGAGAUUUAUGUAGAAAGGUUUUUUUUCAGGCUCUGUUAGAGGUGAGGACCCAGCAGAGCCUCAGCAAAGCCUGCACCCAACCCUGGAGUUAGUCCAGCAUUCUCCAGAGGUGGAAGAGAUCCCGUGUCCAGAUGAAGGUGGCCAUUGAGUUUCUCAGGGCUGGGGUCACCUUGUCCAUAAGCCUCCGUCCACACUGCCUGGAACAGGUUGGUAGAGCUCUGGGUGUGGGGUCUCCCUGGGUUACCUCCUGCCCCUCUCUACCUCUUCCAGUCUCAUGGGAGCACCUCUAUAGCUCAUGAAUAUGAAGAGUAAUAUUUCUUAAGGACGUGGAAAGAGUUUAUUUUAAUUAGAAAUCCACAGCCUUGGAAGAAAUGUGUCUUACAAGUGUAAGCAAAAACAGCCUGUUCAACUCUUGUGUAGCCCUCCUUUAGAGCUGCUUUCCCAUGGCUUUGAAAACAUCAGGCUGUUAGAGGGCUUCAGGUUUAACACCCUGGAAGUUGAGCCGAGCUUUGUGGACAAGAGGCAAGCACAGGAAGCAGAAGCAGAAAUGGUUCUGGGUGCUUUAAACCUCUAGGGUCGGGCAGAGCCAGCAGUGUCCAGGUGUACGGUGGGUGCUGCCUGCAUGCGUGCAGGUGAUGAGGUGUGUUGGAUGGGCAGUGCAGCACACAGGAGCUCCUGGAAGAGCAGCUGUUUAGGUCUUGGCAAAGCAACAAGCUGAUGACAGAGAUCUGUCUUUAUAUUUUUAAGAAAGGGGGACGGGGGGUCGGGGGUCAGCCAAGGUCCGUCACGGUUUUCUCUGCCCUCCCCCCUCCCCGGCCCCACAGAUUGUCAGCUGUUAAGUGAAACUCCUAGUGAAAAAGAGGGAGCCCUGUGCUAGGAGUCUCCAUAAACAUGUACUGUAAUUCUUUGUAUAUAGAAAAAAAUUACUGUAAAGUAAAGUUUAACUUUACUCUUA